AUGGCUGUCUCCAUGCCUCGAUAUGAUCAAGAUCGGCUGGGUACCAUUUUCCGCGCCUCACCUCGCCAAUCCGAUGUGAUAAUCGUAGCGGAUGCGGUAACUAAACAAGAUGGGCCCCGCCUUGCGGUUACUCGUGGCCAGGUGCGUGGACAAGCUGGUUCCAGUCGAUAUUUAUGUUCCGAGCUGUCCUCCAACGGCAGAGACAUUGCUCUAUCGGAUUAUGUUGGUUCGCAAAAAGAUUUCCAGAACGAAGAAUACGAGAAUUAUCGGAAAUAG